AUGGUAGAGCCAUCAACAGCAUACAUUACAGCUAACAAUUUACCUCCAGAAAUUUUAUUGCGUGUCUUCAAUUAUCUCGAUACUGGUGAUUUAAUUAAUUGUAUUUAUGUAUGUUCUACUUGGAGACAAACAGCGCUUGACAAUUGUUUGUGGCAAAGAAAGUUGGUGACAAUUUUAAAAACUAAAUGGUCUACUCUUAUAUGUGAUUCUAAGCCCAAAUAUGCUCCGGACCUACAAAAGCUACAAACAAUUCAUCCUUACAAAAUAUAUCACUUCCUUAAGAAAUAUGUUCCUCAACACCUACUUGAUGACCAGAAAGAAGCAUCAAAAGUUCAACUUUUGAUUAAUAGGAUUAAUCAACUUAGUCUUGCUUCGGCUCCACCUGAAGGUCAAUCAACAAGUCCUUUAUCAUUCUGUGAAUUAUUUUGGAGAUGGUGGAGUAAUUUUAGACGCAGAUCGUCUAUCUACCAUGCUUCACGUUCGAAUGACAUAAGUCGUCAGCGUUGUCGAUUUGCAGUAUUUGGACCGGGUUUUGACCAGAGAGCUACAAGUUGCUUGUUUAGUAAAUUGGUUGAUGUAAAAACCAAAUCAUUUGAACCAUUAAAUAUGAUACCAGGUCGAAUGGGCUUUGGUGCUGGACUUACACUUCGGCUGCAUAAUCAAGCUCAAAUGGCAGCAUUAGAUUCUUCUGUAUAUUUUUCUGACAAAACAUUUAAACAUUCAAAAAAUGACUACAAAAAAUCUAUUCCGAAAGAGACAUAUACACCCAAUUCACAAGCUAUUAAUUACUUAAACGAUUUCAUAUUUGAUUUACAUUAUCUUUAUUCUUUAAGUGGACAUUUAAGUCAUAAGUUCAGUAGUCAGCUGGAGCGAAUUCAUGCCAGUCGUCUUUUUACUUAUUCAAAUGAUGUAGAUAUCUCAACUAUUCAUUCAUCAUCCUUAAAUAGAUUAAUUGUAAGCAAUGAAAUGAAAUGUUUACUACACGGUAUUUGUGGAAUAAUUUACGCUCUUGAUGCUAGAGAAACAACUGAACAAGCUAUUUACUUAUAUACCGAACUAAAAACUGUAUUAAAAGGUUUUCCUAAUGAAAUAGCACAUAAAGUACCGAUUGUCAUCCUAUAUAUUAUGCCAAUUGAAGAUAUUUUACAAAAUAAUGAUACAGAAAAUUACAUUCAUUCAAAUUAUUUGAAAGAUUCUACUGGAACAAAUGAAAUCUAUUUAAAUCGUGAUAGUUAUAGCGGUGCAAAUUACACAUUUUCAUGGUGUGGUUCAUUAUUACAACCUUUAACAUGUUUACAUUUGUUUGAAUUUCAAAAUCCAUGGCGUUUACAAAAAUGUGCCAGUAAUGAUAUUAAAGCGGUUAUUCAAAGUUUAAUGUGGUUAAAAUCUAAACAUCCAACUAUUCAUGAUACAAUAAUUUCAACUAAUAUGAAACGUGCAACUUCCACAACAUAUUGA